AUGGCCGGAUGCUCGGUUGCAUGCCCCUUGUACGCCGACGAGGUCUUGAAGCUUGAAGCCCUAUCAAAAGAAGUCCUUCAAGAUGGCGAGAAACCCGCAGCGCAGCGCAAACUAGUAAGCUUGAUACUUGUGCUCGUUUUCUUUGUUAAAGUAUUCAAACGUCUGGUGCCUUUGCCUUUGUUCUUCCGUGACAUCGUUAUCAACUGCGACAGUCGCUAUUUUAGCAUCACUCAAGUGAAAACCCAGCUUGCUGCGUUCGCGAACAAGCAAGGCCCCGCUUGGCGCUUCAGAAAGGCAGAUCCUUACGAGAUCGUCGUUGCCAGCUUGAGCGCUCUUCCCCUGCUCAAGGAUGUCCGUAUCAGAUUCAAAGGUCGCAUACCCAAUUCAUUUCAUCUACCUUUGAAAAAAUUCUCCGGUCUUGAAAAGCUCGCUUUGCGAAAUCAAUAUGGCAUCAUGUCGUUGCCCUCAGAGACUAUAGAUGAACUGGCAGAAGGGUGGUUUAUUUGCCCUGAUUUAUUGUCACCUCUCUAUACCCGCCAAAAUCUAGUUGAAUUGGGCCUGUCUGCGUUUGUCAAGGUCGCAGGUGCAGGGGAGAGUGUGGAGCUGUUCAGCGUGAAGGAUAUGGUUACUUCCGCUGUGAACUUCCGCCGGCUUUCUAUUCUUAAAAUAUUCCCCGUGGGGUUGAUGAGCGGCUGGGUCUUCGAUGCGCCGGACUCAUACGAAGAAGAGUGGCGAAAAAGUGUCAUGGACAACCUCGCUAGUUUCAAGACCAGCGCCCCUGAGCGUUAUGCGUUCCAAGUGACUUGCUGUGGAAGCUUCUUUAAUCUCCUCCCUGAUCCCGUAGAGGUUGGGAAAGAUUCGAAGGUUGACAAGGUAAAGUUUUUAUUCCCCCCGCCCUCCAUGAAGGUCGCUCUCAUUUCGCCAGCGCUCACCCCCUUCUCUCUCUCCCACUCGGCAGCGACACCACAUCAUGGAUCUGCAAGACCAGACUACUUUAACGCAUCUCAUGCCGCCACCACCGACCAAUCGAGCAGCGCUCUCGAAAUAUCUACUUUCGCCCCAGCGGCGCUUACGAUACCCUUGAAUUCCAUUCCUUCGGCAUCACCUCUCGACUCCCUUCCAAACGAACUUCUGUCUCUAAUCUUCGAGCACGGGUACUUCGAGGCGGAACAGACGGAUGAAAUCCUCAAAGCUUACACAGCUCAAGUCUCGCGAAGGUGGCGAAAUGUUACACUCUCCACCCCUUCCUUGUGGAGCGUGCUGCAGCUGUCCGCGGGCAAUAUUGGGCAGAAGCUCGCUUCACUCCCAACAUAUCUUGAGCGGUCGAUGGAUCAUCCUUUGGACAUCCGGUUGAACUGUUUCUGGACCCAAGAGACCAACGAACACCUCAUGGGACUGCUCACGCCCCAUUCCAAACGCUGGCGCGCUCUAUCCAUUAUCGCUCACAAUACCGACAUUUUCGGUCACAUUCAAGAUACCCCAGUACCUCUGCUCCGGUCCCUCAAGAUAUCCUACUUUGCGCCAGAGAGGGAACUGACUAUGUUUUCCCUAUUUUGCGGGAACCUUCCCAACCUCACUAAUCUCUGCUUACGGAAUGUGAGCUUCCGACAAUUGUCAGUCCCAAUCCAUACGUUGACGACACUCGAGAUACGAGGUCAUGGAACAUGGCCAGACUAUGCCAGUUUGUCCCAGAUGCUGGCGGAAUCCACAUCCUUGACCCGCCUCGUCAUUCAUGUCAAGCCAGGCAGUGUCUUGAGUGACGUGAACCGCCGAGACCAGCCUCCCAUCCUUCUUCCCGCGCUCCGUUCCUUCGAGGUGCUUACCUCUGAGUGGCUGACGCGCGAGAUCAGGGACCUCGUUCGCCUUUUCGUGUGCCCCAUGAUUGAAACUCUGACAAUUCAUGGGUAUGCCCCAUCCUACAUCGACGCUGAUAGCUCCAUGGAGAUUAUGUCCUUCUCUGGCGGUGGCUCAAGCAAUCCUCGAUUGGUUGUGCAAACUAGCGAUAUGUAUAUCGCAUGGGGAUCCCUCAUCCCAAGCGUUGCUGCCACAAUCAAGACCCUUGAGCUGAGGAACGUGAAAUGGCCAGGCGCAUCCCAGUUUUCUGAGAUGUUUGCGGCAAUGCCCGCCCUUGAGACUUGGCUCAUCCCUCAAUUUCGACCCGACAGCAUCCUGCGGGAUAUGUCGGUAGAUACUAGCUCAGUGCUACCUUGCACUCCCCUCCCUUCCCUUCGAACGCUGGACAUCCAAGUCCAGCCUGAUCCCCAGGGAUCAUCGUAUAAAGACGGUGUUACGUGCCUCCUAAGCAUGAUAUCAUCACCUUUAUUAUCUUCUCUUGCUCUCGCUAACCUGACUUCCAGAGAAUGGAACAGCGUCAUCAGGUCCAUCAGCGAGAAGCCUCAAGUAUACCCAGCAUUGGUCUCCUUGACCCUCUCUGAUAUACCCGAGCCUCUUUCUUGCGAAUCCAAUCCCUCAGAUGCUUUCCCCUACCUCCGGGAUCUAUCCCUAUUCAACGUCGGCUCAAACCCGAUUAUUAGACCCCUCCUUAACCAGGGGGUUUGGCCGGACUUGACCAUGUUGUCAAUCUCCGGCGACGCCAACGCCAGCAAGCCUCUCCUUCAUCGCGUGAUAGCCGCGCGAGAAGAGAUGGGUGUUCCCCUUAGGAUGCUCUUCCUUGACAAGUACUUUACCAUGAAUUUAGAGUCUUGGACGUGGUUGAAGGAACAUGUUCUAGACGUUGUUGAGAUACCCUUAUAG